UCAUUCAAGCUUCGGGGAGCUUAUAACAUGAUGCCAAAGCUUCCGAGGGAGCAACUGGAUCGAGGGGUUAUUUGCUCCUCAACUGGAAACCAUGCCCAAGGAGUAGCCUUGGCUGCUAAGGAGUUGAAUUGCAGUGCUGUGAUUGCAAUGCCUGUAACCACACCAGAAAUUAAGUGGAAAUCUGUUGAGAGAUUGGGCGCCACGGUUAUUCUUAUAGGGGAUUCCUAUGAUGAGGCUCAAACUUAUGCUAAGAAGCAGGCUCAAGAGGAGGGAAGGAGCUUCAUACCUCCUUUUGAUCACCCAGAUGUUAUUAUCGGACAAGGAACGGUUGGGAUGGAAAUUAUGCGUCAAACAAAGAGUUCUUUCAUCUUUCGCGCGUUAUUAUUCAUAUUUGCCCAAGAGUUCUUUCAUCUUGUCCCGAGAAAACCCUUUCUCCCAAGCUUUUGUUUUUCAGCUCUGUUGGAGUUUCAAGGGAGGACCUUGCUAGAUCUGUGACUGCUAAUCCAUGUCUCUUGAUAGUAAGCUUGAGGGAACGGAUUGUGCACACUUUAUUUUUACUUUUUAUUUUGAAGUUUAUUUAUUUUUUUAAUUUAUUUAUUUUUUCACUUUUUUCAGUUUUUUUCUUCAUACUCGAAAGGACCCUAUUACCCCUCAUUUUGACGGACAAAUUGUUAGAGUUGGACGGUAGGAUCCUGCAACUAUUUGUCCAGUUAAAGGAUGUAAUUGAAAAAAAAAAAGUUCAUGGACACAAUUGCAACUGGGGGCCAAGUUCAGGGACGUCUACAGUAAAUAAUCCUUAUCUAUCGAUUUUUUAUUCUCAAUUUACAUUUUGGUCCCUCAAUUAAAUUAUUCAUUCAAAUGGUUCAUCAACUCUAUAUUAUUCGCUUCAUUGGUCCUACCGUUACAUUUUGUCAAUAUUUAUGUUAAAUAUGAGGGCAAA